UCAUCUCUCCACUGUUAGCUGAACAUCACUGCCUCCUAUCUCUUCCUAUCUAUCUGUCUCUCUCACUCUACCGUCCUCUCUUCACACUCUCUCUUCCGCUUUCUCUUGAGUAUGUCUGUUUUUGUUCACUAAAUACUGCUAUCAUUCAUUCUUCCUUUUUCUUCUUAGCUUUCUCUCUCUUGUACAAUCUUCUUCAAUUCUCUUAUAAUAAUUACUAUUAUUCUUUUUAGUUUUUUGGUUCAUUCAAAAGCACAAAGUUUUCUUCUCUGAUAGCUUAGAGUUUUAGCUUUCCAGAUUCUGUCCCGGGGAAAGCCUAAAAAGAGCAAAGGAAAAAAUAGAGAAAAAAAAAAAGAAUUGAUUUCAUCAUAUGUGUGUUGAAGAGCACUGAAGAAGAACAAAACAAAAGGAUUGUUACACAGUUUCUCUUGCCUGUGAAUAUUGCACUUUAAUCUCAAAAUCUGAUUUUAAUAAAGGAAAAGAGAAGCACCCUCUUUCUCUCUCUCUCUGUCUCUUUAUAUCUCUCUCAUAUAUAUUCUGUAACCAUCAAGCUAUAUACCCCUUCUAAAGAAGAUGCCCUUGGAAGGGAUUUUCAUUGAACCUACUUCAACUUCUAUACCAGAUCUUUCCCUUCACAUAAGUCCACCAAGCACUUCCUCUUCCUCUUCUUUGAUUUGCAGCAAUAACAACAACAAUAACAACACAUCCGGUGGUGGUGGUGGCAUCAAUUAUGAGGCACACAAUUCAAGAAGCACAAAUUUCCCUUCUCAAGCUCACACCGAGCUUUCUUUGGGAAGGAAUUUCAGUGUUGGAGGAGGAGGAAGAGGUGGAGGAGCUCUUGAAGAACCACCACCACAUAACAACAACAUCAACAAUAACCCUUAUUAUCAAACCCAAAAGGCUCAUUUGCAACAUCUUCAUCAACACCAUUCUAAUGCUUCAAGAGCAACGACAAGUACUACUACAAGCUCCUCCAAUCACAUGAGUCACAUAAACUAUGGGGUUUCUUUGCUUGAUGUGUCAUCAGAAGGAAUGAGGCCAAUCAAGGGGAUUCCGGUGUAUCACAACCGUUCAUUCCCUUUCUUGCCCUUGGAACAUUCAAGAUCAGACAAGGAUCAUCAUGCCAAAAUGUGUUUAUAUCAUCACAUGCCUACAUAUCCCUCUUUGUCCUCUUCUUGUUCUCCUCUAUGCCCUUCUUCUUCUUCUUCUUCUCCAGCUGCACCCUACUUCGUCGCGACCGCAGCAACAGCAGGGGGUCUGGAUCCCAUGUCCUACCUGAGCUGCUCAGGUGGGACCACAAACCCCGCGGCGUAUAGGGCUGCAACAGCCACAAGGUUUAAUGGAUUUUCCGGGGAGGCUUUCAAAUCUCAUCAUCCAUUGCACCACCAUCACCACUCAUCAUCAUCAUCGUCAUCACCACAAUAUGGGGUUGGACCUGGACCCUCUCAUCUUGAGGUCUCUUCAGGGUUGAUGAGAUCAAGAUUUUUACCAAAGUUGCCAGCAAAGAGGAGCAUGAGAGCACCGAGAAUGCGGUGGACAAGCACACUCCACGCUCGAUUUGUCCAUGCUGUGGAGCUUCUUGGUGGCCAUGAAAGAGCUACACCAAAGUCAGUUCUUGAGCUCAUGGAUGUGAAGGAUCUCACAUUAGCUCAUGUGAAAAGCCAUUUGCAGAUGUAUCGAACUGUUAAGACCACUGACAAGCCUGCUGCUUCUUCAGGCCUUUCAGAUGGAUCAGGAGAAGAUGACAUGUCUCCAAUGGGAAGCAGUGGUGGAAUGCGUCAAUUUUCAGACCAAAGAAGCCUUUCGGAUCGACCAGUGCAACAAGAUAUGGACUACUCUUCAGCCAACAACACACUAUGGAGUAACUCUUCAAGCAGUAGAGAACCAUGGCAACAAAAUAACUCUAACGACAUAGAUGGUUUCAGACCCCCAAUCUUCCAGUCGCAGCAAAUAUCAGGAGGGCAUCAAAUUCAGCAGGAGUGUGAUUCAACCCAACUCAAGAACAGUUUGUCAGGAUCGAAUUUAGAGUGCAAGAACCCAAGCUUGGAGUUCACAUUAGGGAGACCGGACUGGAAUGGCAAAGGGCAAGCCUAAUUUUCAUUGGUUCCCUUUAUUGUCUCUAGCUAGUUUGCUUAAUUAGUUUAAUUACAACCCGGUAACAUGUGACAAACUUCAUAAUCUUUCCUGAAAUAGAAAGGUGGUACUAUAUAUAAAAAUAUAUAUUCAGGCAGAAAAAGUAAAAGCCCUAUAUAGUUCCGCUAAGUUUAUCCUUUUUUGGAAGUUUUAUGACUUCAUGAACAAUUUUGUUUAGCCUUUUUCUUGUAUUUAACAUUUUAUUUAUUGGUGAGGAUGAGGUACAGGGAAGAAACUGAUAUGUAGCAGCUGCAAAUUAAUGCAGAAGAACAAUGAAGAGAGAUAGAGAGGAAGAAGGGGGAAGAAAAUAUAAAACUUAUUUUGAUUAAACGGUGGAAUUCUCGUCUU